CAUUACAUCACUUCAGGAGAAUGUGAUUGGCUGGAGAUCCAAGCGCCUGCAGACCUGCACGUCUUCGCCAUAACAACCGAACCUAAGCUACGCGAUAUCAAAUGCAUCUCUUUCUAUAUAACAACACAAGGAAUUAAUUGAACUGAUAUUCUACUCCUUGGGCUGUGAAGAUGGCAGAAAGCGAGGUGGACACGCCGAGCACCCCGAUAGAGUACGAGAGCAAAUACUUCGAGUAUCAUGGAGUUCGCCUUCCUCCUUUUUGUCGAGGGAAGAUGGACGAGAUCGCCAACUUCUCCCUCAGAAGUAGUGACAUAUGGAUUGUUACUUAUCCAAAAUCAGGUACCAGCUUGCUGCAGGAGGUAGUGUAUCUAGUGAGCCAGGGGGCGGAUCCAGAUGAAAUCGGUCUCAUGAAUAUUGAUGAGCAACUUCCAGUGUUGGAGUAUCCUCAACCUGGGUUAGAUAUUAUACAGGAGCUGACCUCACCUCGUCUGAUCAAAAGUCACCUGCCGUAUCGCUUCCUCCCCACGGCCAUGCAUAACGGAGAGGGCAAGGUCAUCUACAUGGCCCGGAAUCCUAAAGACCUGGUGGUCUCCUACUACCAGUUUCACCGCUCUUUAAGAACCAUGAGCUACCGUGGAACCUUUCAGGAGUUCUGCCGGCGCUUUAUGAAUGACAAGUUAGGAUAUGGCUCCUGGUUUGAGCAUGUGCAGGAAUUCUGGGAACAUCGCAUGGACUCCAAUGUUCUCUUUCUAAAAUAUGAAGAUAUGUACAAGGACCUGGGUACACUGGUGGAACAGUUGGCCCGGUUCUUGGGUAUCUCGUGUGAUAAGGCUCAGCUGGAGAGCAUGGUGGAGAGCUGCAAUCAGCUGAUUGAGCAGUGCUGUAACUCAGAGGCUCUGUCCAUCUGCAGGGGUCGCGUGGGCCUGUGGAAAGACAUCUUCACUGUGUCCAUGAACGACAAGUUUGAUGCUGUGUACCGACAGAAGAUGGGGAAGUCUGAUCUUACCUUUGAUUUUGGUCUGUGAACCAACCACAUGGCGAACAGGACUCAACCAAUCAGACCGACCUGCUCUCCUCGACACUGUCUGCACUCGCUAGAAUGACGCCUCAUACACCUUUUCAUCCUUCCCUUUCCUUCUUCACUUAGCUUAUGUGUUAAAAAACAAAAACAAACAAACAAAAAAAGUUGCUCCCCGGUAUUCGACUUGAAUCAGCACAUGUAAACGCAGCGAAGGUAAAAACCCAUCCAAAGUUGAAUGUAAAGAUAUUUUUUUUCCGCCCGGAGCUUCAUCAUCAAGUGUGUUUGCAGCGUGUUUGUGUAAUCCAGUGCAUCAGCAAUGCUUUAAAUGCUUUAGCCUGGUGACAAGUGUGAGUAAAAAUGCUUGGUGCAUUACAUAUUGUAUAGAUCUCUUCUUAUAGUACCCAUUUAUGAAAUGUAUAUUUAUCAAAAAAUAUAUAUGUCAUUUAUAUUCUAUAAACUAAAACCUCAUUACAAAGAGAGAGAUUCGCAAAUGUCUGCUUGAUUUCGUAGCUUUUUCGUAAGUAGAAUUGGCAAGAUGAUAUAUUGUAUAUGGAGUCAACCAAUCACAGGCCUGUGUGAAAGCAAACUGAAAUAUUUGUAAACGUCAAUCAGCUUUGUUUCUCUGUUCUGUUCUGAGAUUCCUGAAACUACGAUAAAUAUUGUUUAUGUUUGCUGAAGUGAACAGUAUUACAGAUGAUGUUUCUACACACGGGCAUGCAUGCUUGCCAGUUUACUCUCUGAGUGUGUGUGUGUAUGUGUGUGUAUGUGUGUGUUUAAGCAAUAUUUCAUCAAUGACAGCAGCCUGGUGUACUGUGUAAGCUCUGUAGUUGAGUCAGGAUAAUGCUUUCUGCUCACAGAUCAGCGUCUCAUCUGUCUAAAACCUUAGGAGAGAAGAACGGGGAUGGACAAAUCAGACAUCGAUUAGCGAGCCUUUGGACAUGUACAAGCUCUAAUUUACUGCACAGACAAGUGUUUUCAUUCCUUAGUCAUUUAAAAGAGAUGUAAUAUAGAAUGGAGAGCUAUCAGGUUAUGACUUCUUCAACGCAGCAUGUCAUGUUCGAGAAAGAGUUGAAAGAGUUAUAUGACGACUUCAUGCUACAUUUCAUUCUGCUCCGGUUUGAUACUUUGAACUAAGUCACAAAUCAUGAAUCACAAAGAAUGAGAACUUGAAUUUGAGUAAAUAAUGAAAGAUUGAUGUAGUGAAUUAAAGAAUGAGAUAACCUGAAAUAACAACAUCAUACCUUGUAGAAACAAGUUAAUAAAUGCAUAUCCUGAAAUGUGAAAUAACAUCAUAUUAUUUUAAGAUGAGAUACCACAAAAUAAUGACAAUAUUUUUAAACAAACAAGUUAAAUAAAAGUAACGACUUAACCUCAUGAACUAACAAGAUAAUGAAUUAACAUAGGGAUAUCUCUAAAAAAAAACGAGAUAACAUGAAAUAAUUCUUAUCAUAACAUAUCUUGAAAUGAGAGAAUUCGAAGUUAUAAACUGAUCUUGAAAUGAGAUGACAGGGUCAUGUCUUGAAAUAAUAAGUUAACAACUCUAAAUAACCGCAUAUCCAGAAACAGAAAAUAAUGACAUAAUAUUGUUAAAUGGAGAUAAAUUAUUAAAAAGUAAUGACAUUAUAUCUGGAAAUGGGAUAACUCAAAAUAAUGACUUAGCACCACAAUUUAGCAAGAUAAUAAUCUAGAAUAAUGGCUUUUUAUCCUGAAACUCGAUAACUCAUAAUAAGGUCUUGAAAAUGAGAUAACUCAAAACGAUGACUUAGCAUCACAAACGAACAAGAUAAUCAUUCAAAAUGACUUUGCAUCUUGAAAACAAGAUAACUCAAUAUAACGACAUUAUAUCUUGGAAUAAGAAAAUUUAAGAAACUCUAUCUGAAAUAAGAAUGUAAAAGCUUGAAAAUAGAAGUUAAAUCUCUCUCUGUAUAUAAAGUUAUAUCUUAUAUUCAAGAUCUUGAAAGAUAAUAAAAAAACAACAACACAACAUUUUAAAAUGAGAUAAAUAAUGGCUUAACGUCACAAAGUAACAAGAUAAACCCUUAAAACGAGAUAACUCAAAAUAACUUCUUGAACAUAAGAUAACUGAAAAAUAAUGUCAUAAAUAUAUUUAAAAACAAGAUAACUUAAAAUAAUAAUCAACCUACAAGAUAAUAACUCAAAAUAACGAGAUAUCUUGAAAUAAUGACUAACAAAAUAAUAAUAAUAUUCAGAUUGAUGAGAUAUCUUGACAUAUUGUGCAUGCUUGCUAGUUUACUGUCUGUUUGAAGUGUGUAUGGGUGUGUGUGUGUGUGUGUGUGUGUGUGUGUAUGUAUGUGUAUUGACUCUAACAUCAACAAGCAAGAUAAUAACUCAAAAUAUGAGAUAUCUAGAAAUGAGAUAACUCAAAAUAACACCUUGAAAAUGAGAUAACUCAAAUUAACAUAUCCUGAAAUAAUGUAAUUAUUAUUACAUAUAAUACAUUGGUGUAAUAUCUUAGUAAUAAUAAGCAACAUUUAAGUAAUAAAAGUUAAAAGUACAAGAUCUUAAGUUAAAAUGAUGUAAUGAAAUAAUGAAAUAUUUAGUUGAAGUAACUGCAGAAUAUACUGAAACCCAGUUCUUAGGUUACAAUUAGGUAGAAAUAAUAAUAAUAAUAAUAAUGAAUGCAAAAUGUUUUUAAACACACGAUUCACUGAUUCUGAAAAGGUCACAUCCAGGCGCAGUUGUAAAAGCUGAUAAAUGAGUCGUCUGCUCUCUAGAUACCCCAUCGAGGUGGGUCACACCACUGUGAAGCUCAUUGUGUUUAAAUAAACACAACAACAACAACAACAACAAACACUUCUGUGAAAUAUAGAGCUGGGAUGUAAUUGUUUCUUCCUCUGGUUGUUGAAUGAGAGAAGAUUAAAAAGAAAUGCUGUUGAAUUAAAAAAUAAAUCUCUCAGAUAUCUGAUGUGUC